UAUCUAUCCCCCUGCACAUCCAAACAGAAUCCAAGAUUACAAUAGCUUUGUCCAAUGACUGAGAGACACGUGUCAAAAGGUACCAUCACUGUCAGCUUUCCCUCUCGCUCCACCUACAUACUUCUUCUGUCUGAAGUGAGUUUUUCUAGAGAGAGAGAGAGAACAAAUAUUACAAAGCAGGGAAUAGUUAAAAGAGUUUAAGAAAAGAGAGAUCGGAGAGAUGUGUAGUAAAAGCAGUCCGGUCGGAGAAGAGAAACAGAGUACAAGAACAUCAAAGAGGAUCAGGAAGAGAAAAAACAGAGAAGCUACGACUACGAGCACCAUGGACAAGUCUCCUUCCAAUCUUGAAGCGUCUCGUAAGAUCAGAACUAAAACGAAAAAACCCAAAUUUCUCAGUCUCAAGCUCGAGCUCAACACUUCUCACGAGAUCGACGAGAAUCCCAUAACCAAGAAGAGCAACCAUAAGAAGAAGAAGAAGAAGAACGAAAAAAAACAGAGCAUUAAGAAAGACCCUGAUACGACGCCGUCUAAGGAGAAGACCACUACUCUCGGAGGAGAGAAAGAAGAUGACCAAUACGAUACCGUUGCGGCUUACCUCUUCAAUUCCGCCACUGACAGUACAAUCUCUUCGAUCCACGAUCUCCUCCCUUCCUCCGCCGCCGCCGAUGCAGAUUGCGGCGGAGCAAGGAAUAACCUGUCUCCGUACGACCGUCAAGAGCACGGAUCGUCUUCUUCUUCGCUUCUAAGGACGGCGAUGAGGAAAGGAGCGAGUGAGGAGGAGGAGACGACGGAGGAGCGGUGGGUUAGUUACUCAGAGGUGGUGGAGGAAGUGAUGAGUCGUAGCGGAACUCCACGGUGUUGCGGCGGAUGCGAUGGAAACGAUGGACGGCCUUCGUUGGCUUUGAAGCUUGAUUAUGAGCAGAUCAUGGAAGCUUGGUCGGAUAAAGGUACGCUUUAUGUUGACGGAGAACCGCCGCAGACGGUGCCGGACUUGCAUGCUUCCGCCGAUGGGUUUGGUGACGGCGGAGAGGCGGGGAGUAUAUGGGCAGUUCCGGAGAUGGAAACGACGACGGAGAGGUUAUGGAGAGGGCAUAGAGAAGCCAGCUUGCUCCGUUAUAAAGAGAAACGACAAAACCGUCUUUUCUCUAAGCGGAUUCGAUAUCAAGUUCGUAAACUCAACGCUGAGAAACGUCCUCGUAUCAAAGGCCGGUUUGUGAAGAGAGACGAUUUGUAAACCACUAAAAUACUACUGGUGGUUGUGGACAGGACAUAUACUACUAGUCUACUACUGAAAUAGCCAAGUUACGACGGAUAUUUGGUAAUAAUAAUAUAUGGUUGUUUUGUAACUUUUUGAGAGGUUAGGGGCUCAACCGGAGUAUACCGAGAUUUGAAGAUAACGUUGGUCUGUAUAGGGGUCUUGACCAGCUCGGUUAUGCUAAAAUUUCGGUUUUGUUUAGCCUCUUUAGUUCUCUUAUUACAAAAGUUAACUAAUUUCAUCAGAACAAUAAUGAUCCAUAAGAAUAAUAAUAAAAUUGAUAUUAAUAAUGAUAAAUUAAA